ACAGAUGGGCACCGAUGGCCCAGCCCUGCACCCUGACCCUCACCAGGGACAGGGCUCCUGGUGCCUGACGUCGGGGAAUGCUGCCCUGCGAGAAGGUGCCCGAAACAUGGAUGGGGAAAGGAUGGGCAGCACCGCCAGGAAAAUCCCAGCUUCAGCUCCCACCCGCCCCCUCCAUGUCCCUCCCUGGGGUCCCGCGGCAGAUUCAUCUUCCCCGGGAGAUUAGUGACUAAUCUCUCCAUCAUCUGCCGUCUUUCUUAUCAACGGGAUACCGAGGCCCAGCCUGGAAAUUACCAAGUCCUGCUGGUGCCAGGGUCCAGCCCCGGGGAGCACUGGGACGGGACUUCUAAAGGGGCUCCCAGAAGGAGGGGGUGAGGAAGCACGGACCGCUCAGGAGAGGGGGGAUGUUUUCCAGCCCUUGCUGACCAUCCCAUCCCCAAGAGCGGAAGGGAAGCAUCAUCCUGAGAGCAGGGAAAUCCACUGGGAAACCCCUCCUGCUCCUUCCGCCUGGCUUUGGGGCGCCUGCUCCUUCUGAUUAAAUCAUCUCAAGGUAAUUGUGCCUGUCGUUGAGACAGAUUAACAGGCCACCUUCUGCUGCUGGAGCGGGAUUGGCGGCUGCCACCGAGCUCCCAGUGCUUCCCUCCCACUGGCCACGGCGGAGGAUUCCCAUCCGCAACCGGUGGGAAGAUGCCCGGUGGCUGCCAGGGCAGAGCGGGAGCCACCACCCGAGAUCAGCGCCUGCCGGCGCGGCGGCCGCUCCGCAUGGACACGAGGACCCUGUGCCCAGCCCGGGGCUGAGCCCCGGCCCCGGCCCCGCCAUGGUGCUCCCCUGCACCCACAACAGCAUUGGCAGCGGCCGGCCGGCACUCGAGGAGCCCCGCGGCCGCAGCAACUCCAUCCCCGCGGCGCAGACCCCCACGGCCAAGCACAUGCUGGCCUACCUGCCGCGGCCGCCCACCGACACCAGCCGCUACGGCACCUUCCCCCAGAAGCCCGAUCCCCCGGCUGCCCCCAGUGCUGUAGCAGAGGACAGCCGCCCGCAAGCCGCCGCCACUGCCAAGAGAAGCGUCCUGAUGCCAAACUACCCAUCCCCCCCCCGCCACAGCAGCAUCACCCCCAGUGAGCCGUUCCUGCUGCGGAGCCACGGCAGCGUGGCCGCCCCACACCAUCCCGGUGACCUGCCCUGGUGCCCGCCGGCCGCCGUGCAGGAGAGCGGUGCCCGCUGGUGCCCGCUGCACGCCCUGAGCGUGGCCAACAUCCCCAGCUCGGUGCGCGGCAGGACCCCUGCCCGCAGCAGCGCCGCCACCGCCGUGCCCACCGCCGAGGGGCUGCAGGGCCGGCGCCGCAGGCUGCUGGAGGAGGAUGGCCCCGUGCUCCAGGCUGGCAAGCGGCAGCGGCAGCGCUAUGUGACGAAGGUGGGCAAGUGCCAGGUGAACCUGGGCAACAUCCAGGAGAAGAAGCGGUUCCUCUCGGACAUCUUCACCACCAUUGUGGACCUCAAGUACCGCUGGUUCCUCUUCGUCUUCAUGAUGUGCUACAUCGUCACCUGGGUGGUGUUUGGCACCAUCUACUUCUUUGACGCCUGGGUACGGGGCGAUGUCGGGCACCGGGGUGAUCCCGAGUGGCCGGCGUGCAUUGAGAACAUCGACGGCUUCGUGUCCGCCUUGCUCUUCUCGGUGGAAAGCCAGCGCACCAUCGGCUACGGCUCCCGGAUGGUGACGGCCAACUGUGCCGAGGGCGUCAUCCUGCUGAUGGCACAGUCCAUCGUGGGCUCCAUGAUCGACGCCCUCAUGGUGGGCUGCAUGUUUGUCAAGAUCUCCCGGCCCAAGAAGCGCGCCCAGACCCUCAUCUUCAGCAAGAACUGCGUCAUCUCCCGGCGGGACGAGCAGCUCUGCCUCAUGUUCCGUGUGGGGGACCUGCGGGACAGCCACAUGGUGGACGCCAAGAUCCGGGCCAAGCUCAUCAAGUCCCGGCAGACGGCCGAGGGCGAGUUCAUCCCCCUGGAGCAGUCGGAGCUGAACCUGGGCUACGACACGGGCGAGGACCGCCUGUUCCUGGUGGAGCCGCAGAUCAUCUGCCACGUCAUCAACCACCGCAGCCCCUUCUGGGACAUGUCGGCCGAGUCGCUGCGCCGGGAGCAGUUCGAGAUCAUCAUCAUCCUCGAGGGCAUUGUGGAAGCCACAGGGAUGACAUGCCAAGCCCGCACCUCGUACACGGAGGAUGAGAUCCUCUGGGGGUACCGCUUCGAGCCCUGCAUGUCCCUGGAGAAAGGCGCCUUCCGGGUGGACUACAGCCGCUUCGAGAUGACCUUCGAGGUGCAGACGCCGGUGGCCAGCGCCAAGGAGCUGCACGAGCUGAAGGAGCUGGAGCAGCAGGAGCACUCCACGCUCAGCCUCUACUGGGACCAUCUCCUGCAGCCCUGCGCCCUGCCGGGGCCCGCGGACGACGCUCUGCCAGGGCUGAGCAACCCCGGGAGCCGGGACGAGCUGCUCGAGAAGGGGGGCAGUGCCUGAGCCGUGCCCGGUGGGAGCCCAGCACCGACAGUGCCAUAGCCCACCCUCGCCCCCGGGGCACAAAGCAGGACAGCGGGUGAUGGACGGG